AUGGACGACAUCGACAAGCGCUACCCAAUGGCUACGGUCGUUCCUGUACUGUCGUUCCUCUCCAUUGCCGUCUGCAUCACGCCGCUCAUCCUGCAUGCAAAGAACCGCAAUCUACCUGCCACGAGUCUCAUCUGCUGGACGAUUCUACUGAAUCUGUUCAACAUCAUCAAUGCCUUUAUCUGGCCCACAGACAAUGUGGACUCGUGGUGGGAUGGGACUGGCCUUUGCGAUGUCGAGGUUAAGCUCAUGGUUGGUAGCUAUGUUGCAUUCCCCGGUGCCUUGGUAGGCAUCUUUCGUGGUCUGGCAAUCGUCCUUGAUACUGCGAGUGCCACCCUAGUACCCAGCAAGGGCCAACGAUGGCGUAAACGGGCCGUGGAGCUGCUAUUCUGCGUGGUGGUCCCCAUCAUUGCGAUGAUCACGCAUAUUGUGUGGCAGAACAGUCGGUACUUGCUCUUUGCCAUCUCGGGUUGUGUGAACGAUUUCGACUAUAGCUGGGUUACCCUCGUGCUGGCGUACAUGUGGCCGCCGAUUAUCUGCUUGAUUGCUGCAUACUACUGCUGCUUGGUACUCAUCCGCAUGCGCAAAUACCGCAGUGAUUUCAGUCUCAUCCUUCGUUCUGCCAACAGCCGAAUGAGCAAGUCCGGCUUCCUGCGACUGUUCUUCCUCGCUUUCACCAUGCUCGUGGCUAUCUUGCCCACUGAGGGCUAUGUAGUCUACUACGACUUGAUUAUCUCUUUCCCCUGGCACCCAUACUCAUGGAGUCGAAUGCAUGGACCACAAUGGAAUCAAAUCACCAAGUAUCCAACCCAAGGGCAGGUCUUCUUUGACCGCUGGACUCCAAUUGCGGCUGGGUACAUGCUGUUCAUCUUCUUCGGUUUUGGCCGUGAUGCCACGCGGAUCUACCGGACGUUCUUCUGGCGUAUUGGCUUGGGAUACUGCUUCCCUGUGUUUGCACGUCCUACCGACUCGGAGGCUACCAAUCGUUCACAUCCAACCACUCUGGUUGGAUCUACUAUCAGUCGAGCCAAGCUACUGUUCAGCUGGCGCAAGGGUUCCGCUCCACGUAGAAGCGGACAUGAUAAUAGUCUAUCCUCCCAUCCCGAUAUCUACAGCCAACUCGAGAAGGGCUCCCGCUCCCGCUCUCGCUCCCAACAAAACCAGGGCCGAAACGUUCCUAAACGCCAGUGGUUCCUCAUGCCAUGGUCUCACCCCAAUAAUGGAGGCCGCCACAAUGAGGACACCCUGCUGGAUGACUUGUCUGGCCCAUCACAGACGGUCUGCACUAGCGCCUGGGCAGGAACUAGUCGAAGUCGUGCUAGCAGUGAGAUUGAUGUUCCUGUGUCCUCUGGAAGUAAAGAGGGCAUCAAGGUCAAGCAGGUCAUUAGCCAGCAGAGCCAGGUGGAGAUUUAG